AUGUACAUGCGUGUGUGGGGGUGUGUGGGUGUAUCGGUGAUGUGUUUGACCACAAUGCAGCCGUGCUCCUAUUCGUGCCUCAGCUCCCUCCUCCCUCACUCCCCCUCCUUCUCUCUCUCUCCUAUCGCAAAUGCCGGCGCUCCGCACAGUGAGCGAUACGGCGAGGUCUGCCUCAGCGAACAACAGAAAAAGGAAGAGGUGAAAAUGGCAGCCUCCAACUCACGCGUGUUCUUUGAUGUGAACUUCAUUUCCUUUCACGACGACAACCUCCCUGGCACUGCCAUCACCGACCCCAAGAACCCCACGUCGUUUGUGCUCACCACGGGGGGGUUCCCGCAGGAGGUGAUUCUGCAGACACGCGCCUCCUCGGCGAAGAUCUCGAAGCUAUCCGUCACCCUGAAUGACGCGAAGGAUAUUCUGGUUGAAAGGUGCUGCGGGGAGACGCCGACGGCGUUUGAGGUCAUCGCAGAGCGCACCCUUGCUCGCGGUUCUGCCGUCGGCAGCAAUAGCAGCACCGGAGCAGAGGCGGCGGCCGGUGGCGUUGGCGGUCCGCAGACAGAGACGUUUGACUUAGACCCCGAAGGCGCGGGACGUGACAUCCGCUUUAUCCGGCUCACCAUUCAAUCCGGCUACUGCGAGUUCGUCGCAGUCUACAGCAUUGAUGCGUGGGGAGAGGAGUCCCAGCAGCGGAUUGCCGUGCUUCAGAGCAAGCCUGAGAUCGUGAUGUAG